AUGGCCUCUUCCCCUCUUAAGACGAGUGGAGGAGGAGGAGGAGGAGGGAGGAAGGGUGCAGAUGAUUCUCCAGCUAGCGGUCAGUGUGGAGGGGGCUCCACUUCCUCCUCCUCCGUUCCUAGCGCUCCGUUGUACCGGACGCAUGGCAUGCACAUACACACUGAAGACAUGGAGAGCCUCUCAGAACGCACCGCCGCCUGCUCCAUACGGGAACCCGGAGGGGGAACACAGUCACCGCAACCAGUGGAGGAGGAAGUCGACAUAGAGGGAGUCAAACUCAGGUAAAAAUAUGUGGAGGGGGGCGUGGUAAUUAUGUGCUAAUUGGUAAUUGAUUAGUGAAAGUGCAGUAUGUUGCAGGUGAUUUAUUUGCUUAAGAGGGUUUUAAUAUGCUUAAGAGGGUGAGAUUUUUGAAGAGUUGCUCAGUGAAGUACUAAAACAGUGUGAGUGAGCUAUGCAGGGCAUUUCAACAAGUGUGUCGGUAGAAUGAGAGGAAGUGGGAGUUGCAGCAUUUCUGCACCUUCUAUCAGAGUCCCUGGUCCCUGCUUUAAAUCUUGGGGCAUGAAUAUAUUCCUUAUUUUAUGGGAACGUGCCUUUUAAAAUGCGUAUUAUUGAUCUUGAGGAUGGAAUCUCUCAUAUAAGAAAUGUUUGGGAGAACAAGAAUCUAUGGGUAGUCUGUUGAGAUUUGAAUAUCUAACAUUUCUCAUGCAGUGUUAGUCGGCCCACACAAAAUGAACAGAUGGUAUUUGGAUAAUGUGAAAUGAAGUGCUCUCAAUCUGACUCUCAUAGACCUCCAGAUGAUCCAAUGAGUGUCCUCGAAAUGUUGUAAAUUAUAGGAUGAAUAGUGCUUUGUCAUUGACGUCAAGGCAUCUCAUCUCUCAUCUUUAUUUUUUAUCUCUUUCUUUCUCUCAUUCUCUCUUUCUCUACUCAGGUUGGUGAGCAACGGGGAAAGAAAGGGCUCAACACCAUUGAAAGUAGAAUCCAUCUGCAACAGUCUCAACAUUGUCAAGAACAUUGGUGAGAAAAAUGUAGCCAGUAGAACUGUCCAUUCCAUGCAAGGUGGAGGUAACAUAUGUAUUCCACCCACAGUUCAGCCUCCAGAGCUGCUGCUGCUCUAACAUAAUGAUCUUCUCUGUUCCACCACCUACAGUGCCUUGCAAAUGUAUUCACCCCCCUUGGCGUUUUUCCGAUUUUGUUUUUCCGAUUUUUAUUUGGAUUUCAUGUAAUGGACAUACACAAAAUAGUCCAAAUUGGUGAAGUGAAAUGAAAAAAAUAACUUGUUUCAAAAAAUCAUAACAAAUUAAUAACGGAAAAGUGGUGCGUGCAUGUGUAUUCACCCCCUUUGCUAUGAAGCGCCUAAAUAAGAUCUGGUGCAACCAAUUACCUCCAGAAGUCACAUAAUUAGUUAAAUAAAGUCCACCUGUGUGCAAUCUAAGUGUCACAUGAUCUCAGUUUAUAUACACCUGUUCUGAAAGGCCCCAGAGUCUACCACACCACUAAGCAAGGGGCACCACCAAGCAAGCGGCACCAUAAAGACCAAGGAGCUCUCCAAACAGGUCAGGGACAAAGUUGUGGAGAAGUACAGAUCAGGGUUGGGUUAUAAAAAAUAUCAGAAACUUUGAACAUCCCACGGAGCACCAUUAAAUCUAUUAUAAAAAAAUGGAAAGAAUAUGGCACCACAACAAACCUGCCAAGAGAGGGCCGCCCACCAAAACUCACAGACCAGGCAAGAAGGGCAUUAAUCAGAGAGGCAACAAAGAGACCAAAGAUAACCCUGAAGGAGCUGCAAAGCUCCACAGCAGAGAUUGGAGUAUCUGUCCAUAGGACCACUUUAAGCCGUACACUUCACAUAGCUGGGCUUUACAGAAGAGUGGCCAGAAAAAAGCCAUUGCUUGAAGAAAAAAAUAAGCAAACACGUUUGGUGUUCGCCAAAAGGCAUGUGGGAGACUCCCCAAACAUAUGGAAGAAGGUACUCUGGUCAGAUAAGACUAAAAUUGAGCAUUUUGACCAUCAAGGAAAACGCUAUGUCUGGCGCAAACCCAACACCUCUCAUCACCCCGAGAACACCAUCCCCACAGUGAAGCAUGGUGGUGGCAGCAUCAUGCUGUGGGGAUGUUUUUCAUCGGCAGGGACUGGGAAACUGGUCAGAAUUGAAGGAAUGCUGGAUGGCGCUAAAUACAGGGAAAUUCUUGAGGAAACCUGUUUCAGUCUUCCAGAGAUUUGAGACUGGGACGGACGUUCACCUUCCAGCAGGACAAUGACCCUAAGCAUACUGCUAAAGCAACACUCAAGUGGUUUAAGGGGAAUAAUUAUGCACGCUCAAGUUUUCUGUUUAUUUGUCUUAUUUCUUGUUUGUUACACAAAAACAAAUAUUUUGCAUCUUCGAAGUGGUAGGGAUGUUGUGUAAAUCAAAUGAUACAAACCCCCCCAAAAAAUCAAUUUUUUAAUUCCAGGUUGUAAGGCAACAAAAUAGGAAAAAUGCCAAGGGGGGUGAAUACUUUUGCAAGCCACUGUACACAUGCGCAGGUAGUGGUACACACAAACACACGCAUGCACACACACACACACACACACACACUGCUGUUAACAACAACAUAUCCUAUGAUAUUGCCUUAAAAAGAACAAGAUUUCCCUUAAGUUGAAUCCAUCUAUCACUUACAACUUCACCGUGCAUCCGUCAAGGUUGAAGGCUGAGUUUAGUGUGUUCAGGGCUUUGUUUUCUGUACUUACCGUAAUGGGUAUAGAUGAGUUAAGAUAGUGGUGUUCAGAGCAGGGUCACACCUGUUCUGUGGAUGUAAAUAAAUGGAUGUCCUUUGAAUGGAUGCAUGAAUGGAAUAACUCUGGAGAAAGUGCUUCUUGUCAACAUGUUGGUUCAAGCAUGCCUCUCUCUUUCUCCUCUCUCAAUCUCACCCUCUCUCUCCCUCUCUUAUAUAAGUGUCAAUACCAGACGCCCACCUACAGUAGGUGAGCAUUUUAAUCUGACUGAGGGGGCUUAUGCAACUGUUUCCUGCUGUUCAACAUCACCUUAACCUCUAUGUAGCGUGAGAAGACAGAACAUAAACAUGCAUGCCAACAAUGCAUGCAUGCAUGCACACACACACACACACACACACACACACACACACACACACACAGUGCCAAUGUUCUCCUCCGCAACUAACCACCCUGCUUAUCAAUGUGCAAGUGUCCAGCCCUCUUUCACCUGAAACUGGCUGAGGGAGAAGUAAAGAGAAAGAAAGGAGAGGACUUAAAGAGAAAUGUGAAGUCAGUCAGCCACUGGCGGCCUGCCAACACGCAAAGGAGAUGAGAUCCAUUAUUUCAAAGGAGAUGAGAUCCAUUCUUUCAAAGGAGAUGAGAUCCAUUCUUUCGAAAGAGCUGGGAUCCAUUCUUUCAAAGAACGUGAGAUCCAUUCUUUCAAAGGAGAUGAGAUCUAUUCUUUCAAAGGAGAUGAGAUCUAUUCUUUCAAAGGAGAUGAGAUCCAUUCUUUCGAAGGAAAUUAGAUAAAUUAUUUCAAAAGAGAUGAGAUAAAUUAUUUCAAAGGAGAUUAGAUACAUUCUUUCAAAGGAAAUUAGAUAAAUUAUUUCAAAGGAGAUGAGAUCCAUUCUUUCCAAAUUGACUGUACACAAUAACUCAUGUAGUUACAACUCCACGAUGUCACACAAAUAUGAAGGGAACGUUUUAGUUCUGGGUCACAGGGGUCAGUGUAAAGACACCAAAGUGUGGUUGUGAGUUAUAAGUUUGAUUCGCCCAUGGGCCACAUAUUCUGUAUGAUGUGGCUUCGGACUAAAGUUCUGCUAAAUAACCCUAAUAAUAUAUGAUUGUUAUCAAACCAAACAUGCCUGUGUCCUCAGACUCAUGUUGUCUUGCUUCUGUCCUUUGUUCUUUCUGUUUUGUCCCUUUUUGUCCCUCCAGCCUUCCUCUACCAGGAGUACCGGGACACAUCCAAGCAGCAGGAGAUCGAGCAGCGACGGCAGCAGGAUGGGUUGACCUUGGGGGUCAGCGCGGGGUUAGGGGUGACAUCCCCACCGGCCCUGCAGCUGCAGCUGAGGAACAACUCUCGCUCUCUGAGUCUGUGGCAGAACCUGGAGGUCGUGCAGCAGAGUGGCCUGCUCACCCAGCUAUCGCAGAGAGAGGUCAUCAUACAAGAGGUGAGAGGUCAAAGGUCAUACAGUAGAAGGAAGGGCAGAGAGAGAGAGAGGUCAAAGGUUAUACUGGAGGGUGAAAAGUCAGAGAGGUCUUACUGGAUGGUGAAUGGGAAGUGAGAGCCUUACAUGACCUGUGUCCUCUCUCUCUUCUCUAGGCCAUGUUUGAGCUGGUGACCUCAGAGGCAUCCUACUACAAGAGUCUGGAGGUGCUGGAGACCCACUUCCUGAAGAACCCUGUGCUGGUCAACACACUCAGCCAAUCAGACAUGCACUUCCUGUUCUCCAACAUCAAGGAGGUGAUGAAGGCCAGCGAGAGGUAAGAGAAGCGUGUGUGUGUGACUAAUCAGCCCCUCAUUCUCUCUGCAACGUGUGAUUACUGACCCCACUAAACUGCUGUUAAGCUUUCUGAAAGUAAAAGGUUAACAAGUCCUUAUUAAUCUUUCAUUUCUUAUCAUACUGUAAUAGUUGUAUAGUGACCUUUAUUCACCUGUCCCCUGCUAGUGAUGUCAUACUAUACAUCCUUCCUUAGGUUCCUGAUGGACCUGGAGAACCGUAUCGAACAGUCCCUCCAGAUCUCAGAGGUGUGUGACAUCGUCCACCACCACGCCGUCAAGCACUUUCACGUCUUUAUCACCUAUGUCAUCAACCAGGUGUACCAGGAGAAGAACUACCGACGCAUUCUGUGGGUACCCCUCCAACUAAUGUCUAUAGUAGUAGGAUAUGUGGUUUAACAUCUCUGUUGGUACCCCUCCAACUAAUGUCUACAGUAGUAGGAUAUGUGGUGUAACCUCUCUGUGCAGUAGGACAAUAUGGAUGGUGUUGUGGUUGGUAUGGUAUGACUUUCUGCACAAUGGAAAGUAAUGUGGUGGUUUGAACAUGCCUGUGUUUUGUGUUGGCUGUCUUUGGGGUGGUUUGAACAUGCCUGUGUUUUGUGUUGGCUGUCUUUGGGGUGGUUUGAACAUGCCUGUGUUUUGUCCAGCCAGGGAAACCAGUCAUUCCGCGAGGCCAUGGCUCAGCUGGAGAACCAGCCGCGUGUCCGAGGCCUCUCCUUCACCUCCUUCCUCAUCCUCCCCUUCCAGAGGAUCACAAGACUCAAAAUGUUGGUCCAGGUAAGUGGAGCAAGAGAGUGGGCUGAAACAAGAUGGGGAAGCAUGGCGUUGCUGAAAAGCGAAUAAUGGUUGUGAUAAUGCUUUACUGUGUGCUAACAUAUUGCAGUAUCAGUAUUCAGUAUUUUUUUUUUUUGUGUUGAGCUUUUGAUGCUGUGUUUGCUUGCAGAACAUUCUGAAGAAGGCAGAGGAGAAUUCUGAGAGGGAGGCCAAUGCCAUCAAGGCUCACCAGCAGCUGGAGCAGGUACGGUAGGGAGGGGUGCUGACUUUUCUUGGGUCCAUUACUGACGCAGGUACAGUAACAGUACCAAACCAGUUUACAGUACUAAACUAGUUUACAGUAUCAAACCAGUUUACAGUACUAAACCAGUUUACAGUACCAAACCAGUUUACAGUACUAAACCAGUUUAUAGUACUAAACCAGUUUACAGUAUCAAACCAGUUUACAGUAUUAAACCAGUUUACAGUACCAAACCAGUUUACAGUACCAAACCAGUUUACAGUACUAAACUAGUUUACAGUAUCAAACCAGUUUACAGUACUAAACCAGUUUACAGUACCAAACCAGUUUACAGUACUAAACCAGUUUAUAGUACUAAACCAGUUUACAGUAUCAAACCAGUUUACAGUAUUAAACCAGUUUACAGUACUAAACCAGUUUACAGUACUAAACCAGUUUACAGUACCAAACCAGUUUACAGUACUAAACCAGUCUGGGCGAGAUGACAGGGUGCUGGAUUUGGUUCAGUACUGGCCUGGGGCGUGUUAGAGGAAGUAGUGCGGGUGGUGAUUAUGGCAUGUCAUGGUGUUGAGUGUUGCAUCAAAAACAAUCAUCGCCAUCAUCAUGUUGGGAAGACUUAGUGUUGCCACAACUCUCUGUGUAUUGAAUUAUGAUUGUCAUGAUGAGGUUAAUUGUCGUCGCCACAAACAAAGGAAUGUAGUUUUAAUUGGAGCAUCAAGUAUAGCCUCUACAUAAACAUUUAGUUUGCUCUCUGAAACAGGUUUAGCAGCCAUUCCUUUGGACUCACAAUUUGCAUAUAUUCUUUGCCUCCCAGUAAUGUUUGUUAAAGAGAUUCUCCGGUACUUUUAUAUAAUUUUUUGCCAGUAGUUCUGAAAGUGGAGCUCAUGAGCCACUCGACUUCGUCUCGGGCCUAACAACACCCGUGCCAAUAUAUCCUCCAAACACCGGCUUCUUUGGCAUUAUUGCUUGAUUAUACCAUGGCAUUGUUGAAUACUCCUUUCUGAUUGGCUUGAAGGUCAUUCUAGAGUGUGCAUUAUUUCCCUAUAACGCAUGGUAUAUUUGCACGGUAUAAUUCAAUGGCUAUAGUUCAUUUUUACAUGUUUUGUUUGAGCUGCUUUUGAAUAGCAAGCUAAGACUGAUGGUUUGGUUAGCUAAACUAGCAAGUCUGUUUGUUUGGUUACCACGGCAACUACUGUAGCUAUCUAGUAAACUUGCUAGCUACUUCAGUGGAUGUUGAACACAUUUUUUGUGGCAAAUGAACACAUUUCUACUGGCAAAUGUGCUAAAUUAUAGCCAUGGUAUAAAAGGGAUAAUCAAUGAGGCGUUAUGCGUUCUCUGGAAAAGAAUGCAGAUCUGUGGAAUGUCAGUUCCACUCCGCUAGCGCAUCGUGGAACACACCUUUUACGUCGUUGAUUAUCCCUUACAUAAACUACACAUUGACACAUCCAGCCCAAAGCGGGAGGUUUAAAAAAUACUUACUAGUCGCCAAAGUUCCGGAGCAUGUCUUUAACUGCCUAUAUACAAUUCCAAGGGAGUGUUGGGAUGUGUUCCUUAUAUAAUGGUUUGUUUGUGCGCAUGUCAGAUUGUGAAGGAGUGCAACGAGGGUGUGAGGAAGAUGAGUCGUACAGAGGAACUCAUCAGCAUUGAGAAAACACUGGAGUUCAAGUCUAAGGUACCUGCAGCCGCCAGUCAUGUGACAGCAUGUCUAUAUUCUGUAUAGUCAAACAGUGACACUGCCAGACUGGCACAAACAGACUUGAUCAAAGGUUAUCUAUCUCAGUUAGGUUCAUUGCCUGUUUGAAUCCUUUAAGGAGAUCGAUAGACUGAAAUGUUGGCAUUUCAACAACAACAACAAAUCUGAUGUAAAUAAAGACAUCUCCAUGAUCUAUAAUAACCCUGAGUUGAACUCUGACCUUGUGACCUGUGACCCUCUCCCUCCAGUCGGUGCCGGUGAUCUCCCACUCCCGCUGGCUGCUGAAGAAGGGUGAGGUGCAGCAGAUGGCCGGGCCCAAGAGCACUAGGACCAUGCGGAGCAAGAAGCUCCACCACCCUGUCUACCUGUUCCUCUUCAACAACCUGCUGCUCAUCACCAAGCGCAGCUCCAGGUCAGCACAUGACAUCAUCACACAGAGACAGCUAGUGGUCAUUGGGGGUCGCAGUGUACACCCACUUUCAGUUUGGGACUUUCUAUUGCUUCCCCUCACAACACAUUAUUUUGUAUACAGGCAGUUUUGAAGUCUACUACCUGCCAAACUGCCCUUUGCUCACAGGAGGCUUUGUGAAUGUGUGUGUCUGUGUGUGCGUGUCUCCGUCAGUAGUGAGAAGUUCCAGGUGCUGGACUCGUGCACGCGGGCCAUGCUGAGGACUGAGGACCUGGAAGACCAUGGUCAGAUGCUGGCCAACGUGUUCAACCUGAAACUCCUGGAGAACCAGGAGGAGAGGCCUGUCAACUACAUGCUCAAGACCUCCAGCAUGUGAGUGACUACAACUAACAGUAUUAUAUAUGAGCCUCAAGCCCCCUCGGCACCUAGAGUACUCUGUACACUACUUCUCUGUAUGUCAUUGAUCCGUUAUAAACAAUCUCCCAUGUGUGCUUGUGUGCUGCUGCCAGGAGUGAUAAGCUGCGCUGGAUCUGUGCUCUCACGCCAAACCGCCGCACGCGAUUCAUGUCUACCAUCGCCCACCGACCAGGUGAGACGUACACAAAGAUGACACACACCGACUCAAAGAUGACAUCCACUACUCACAGCUGAACUCUUAGGUACCAAAUAACAGGUGGUAUAUACAGUAUGUUAUUAAUGUGCCACUGUGUGUGUGUGUGUGUGUGUGUGUGUUUGCGUGCGUGUGUGUGUGUGGUCAGCCUUUCCCCAGGUCCAGUGUAUUCAGUCAUACUCGUCUCAGGAGCCAGAUGAGCUGUCUAUUGAGAUGGCUGACGUGCUGAACAUCCUGGAGACGACAGAUGAUGGUGAGACCAGACAACAUAUCUCCUGGGAGAUCUUAUUACUAGCUCUACUGUAGAUUUACCAGGCUGCCUGUUAUUUAAUAUCUCUCCCUUUACUCCCUCUCUUUCUUUAUCUACACUCCUCUUCCACUCUUCCCUCUCUUUCUCUCUCUCCCCUCUCGCUCUCACUCUCUUUCUCCCCUCUAUCACCCCCUCAGGCUGGAUGAUGGGUGAGAUGCUCCAUGAUGGAGAGAGGGGCUGGUUCCCCUGUCGGGUGGUAGAAGAGAUCCAAAACCAGGAAGUGCGGGCCCAGAACCUCAGGGAGUCAGAGGAUCCACCUGGCCCAGGGAGGGGGCGCUUCUUCAGGGGCCAGGCUGGGCUCCAGGGGGGGCAGACGCAACCCCAAAACACCCAAAGUCUCACAUUUCUUCAGUACCUGGACUGA